AUGCUCCUCUCCAACACCACACACUCUGUGAGCAGAGGCGUUCCCCUCUCGGUGAACUUUGACAGUCCUGUGGAUUAUCUCAUCUUCAUUUUCCAGAUAUUGUUCGCCACGGCUGCAGUUCUCAUAGCCGGACCUGUCGUCAUCUCCAUCUGCGCCACCAGAGCGCUGCGCCUGCAGAACAGGUUCAUCUUCAUGCUCAACACCAGCGUGUGUGACACGCUGGUCGGGUUCUCUGUGUAUUAUGUCGGUCUGUUUGACGUCCAGGAGGGGUAUCCGUCAAGAAAUGGGACUUAUAAUAUGUUGCCGUCCAUCCUCGGGGUGAACAUAAUGACGUUUCUGUUCGCACAGUUCGACAGGUACUUCGCUGUGUGCCAUCCCUUCAUCUACGCGCGCUUUAUAACGCGCCGCGUGGUGAUCUGCCUAAAUAUCUACUGCUGGCUUCAUGUCUAUGGCCAGUCGAUCAUCCUGAAUUUCUUACCACUCUCCUGGUCAAUACAGGCGUAUGUCUACAGCAUGGUCAGCUUACAGAUCAUUGUGAUCACCAAAGUGGUCAUGACCAUCAAGCUGUACGUCGUCGCCAGGUUCCAGCUGGAGAAAGAUCCUCCCAGCGCGGAGAGAGAGACCAAGAAGGAGUCAUUAAAGAUCAUCAUCUUUGUUGUCAUAAACUUCUUGGUGCUGUGGUGUCCGUCUUUUGUCAAUAUCGUCCUCAGAUUGGUGGCGGGAGGAGGGCUGAUUUUCAGGAACGAGGCCACUAAUCUCUUCGCCAUCAUGGCUCGCCUGAACGCCGUGAGCACGCCAGCUGUGUACAUCUGGGGGAGCCCGGCUCUGAGGGAGGCCACGGUGAGGACGGUGUGGGGCAGAGUGUGUCCGAGGUGCAGGAGGAGAGUUGGCUCCUGUCCUGUGAAGGCAAACGGCAAAGGGAGGCCUCUGAAGAGCCACUGACACAUGUUCACCCGUCAGCAGCUGCUGCAAAGAUCCAGUGAUGAAGGACUCACAACUAACAUUCAAACUGUCAGCUCAUCCCGUUCAUACAAGGUGUCCAAUACAGAUUUGUGGGA